CGACGGCGGGGAGGGAGCAGGGGGACGAGCCGCAGGAGGAAGACCGAGCGGGAGCGGGGCAGCCCCGGAGACGUCAGCGGAGGCCUCGGAGCCCGGGGCGGCGUCGCCGGUGGUGGUGCCGGAGGCGAUGUCGGGGCGGCAGACGGAGGCCGACGAGAGGAGCGAUGAGCUCGAGGCGCUGUCGCUGCGCGUGGAGGCGAUCGCCUCGCACCAGCGGCAGAUCGACGAGCGGACCGCCCCGGAUCGAGGGCCUCGAGGCCCUCACGGCGCGCCAGGAGGACCUCCUCCAGGCCGGCGCCGUGCCGGGGGGGCUGGAGGCGCUGGCGCGGACGGUGGCGAGGAUGUCCGCGCGGCUGGAGGAGAUGGACGAGGCCCAGCCCACGGACUCUUGGAGGGGCCAGCCCGCGCGCUACGCGACGGUCGGCUCCGCCGAGACGCGGGUCUGCCUCCUUCCUCGUCGUCAUCAUCCUCCUUCCUCUCCUCUCUGGACGCCCGAAAUGGGUACCGAAAGAAUGGGUACAAUGCCCAACAGCAGUUCCUGUUCAUUUUGAACAGGAUCCGCUGCCCACGCC